GCAACGCGGGCUGCGGAGAGCGCCCUGGCCCGGCCGUCCUGUGGAUGAUGGCCCUGGCCGCCGUGUGCAGUUUCGUGCUCAUCAGCCUGAGCAGCGUUGCCGCCCGCCGCCUCGUCCCGGCCGUGAAUCCGAUCGGACCUCUGAGGCUCGGCAUAUGUACCCCAGGUGGCGACGUGUACGAUGAGGACUUUUCGGGCCCGACCGUCGACAUCGCCGCGGCCCGCCUCUGUCCUGACCGCGGUCGGCUUCCUGGCAUCACGGCGGCGGUCAGUUACCGCUGCAGGCGGGCCCCGACAGCUGUGGAAGAGGUCGCCUUCGACACGGCGGACGAGGCCUACGCGGCGGCGGCGCUCGCGUCCGAGGCGGCCGCUGGCAGGCAGGCCUUCGCAGCCCCUGCUGCCGGGUGCCAGGUGCCCCUCGCCGCGGGAGGCGGCCCCACGGGCCUGCCCGUGGCCGCUGGUGCCGCGCCCGGCGCCCAGAUCGUGCCUGCGAUCGGAUCGGCGCCGCUGGCGCCCGCGGCGGGGUUCACCGGCGCGGCCACCGCCCAGUGGGUCAAGACCGAGAGCAUGGUUUUCGCCUGCUGUGGUGAUUCAAUCUCGCUCCCGGCGAACACCAUCGUGCACGGCGAGUCCGCCAUCAUGCAGGCGCCCGACAGAUUCAGCAUCGUGCUCAAGGACGUCCAGUCCCUGGACACAGCGGUGUACGCCGCCCUGGAGGCGUUGCGGGACCCGCACUACGUGGACGGCUCGGCUUACAUUGUGGCCCGGCCUCGCCGUCGCUGGAACGACGUGUGCAAGGAACUCGUGAAGGCCGCCUACGUCUUGUGGACGGUUCCCGGGCCUCGCGUGGUGAAGUGGUGUGCGGAGUGGUUCGACCUGUAUUCGUCUGCGCCCGUGGUGCACCACCCGCAAUUCAUGAGCGUGUUCGAGCUGAAGCCGGACUCGUGGGGGGUGGAGCUCCACGGCCCUGCUUUGCACGUGCUGGGGGAGGCGGCCGAGUACGACGGUGUGAACAUCCGCGAUUCGGUGGGCAUCGAGUCGUUCUUGCGUCGGGCUCAGCUCUCGGAAUAUGUCUACUGGAUGGACUCCAUGGGGGCCGCCGAGAAUGUCGGGAGGGACAAGACUCCCCGCGUCUCGACGAUCACGUUCGUCGGCCUCAUGGUUGGGGUGGCCAUCCUAUCCGGCUUUAACAAGAACACAGGCUCGGCCAUGGCGUGUCCAGCGUCCCUGGAUCAUGCGACUCGUGAGGCAUACACGGAUGCCGCGAUUUUGAAACCAGUUCGGAAAGCCAAGGCCGGCCUGGUGGCGUGGGGGGUAGAAUGCAAAGCUUCGGUUGGGAUCUUCGCCGUGUAUGAGAAGUCAGGGAAGCUUCGAGUUAUUAUUGACGGUCGUAUCUCGAGUUGCUGGUUCGACGACUCCGAUGCCGUGCACUUGGCGAGUGGGUCCUCGUUCACGUCCAUCCAGGUUGACUCUCAAGAUCCUAUCUGUGUCGGCGGCGUCGACGUGGCCAACGCCUUUUACAACGUUGCCCUGCCCAAGGGUCUCCAGGAGUUCUUCGGUCUUCCAAGGAUCCGUGCUGGACAGGUUGGAGUCUCGGAGGUGAAUGGGGCCCCGGUGGCCCCGAAUACCUACAUCGCCCCCCGUUUCACCGCGAUCCCUAUGGGUUGGAAGCUCUCUUUGUGGCUGACGCAACGUGCCCUGGAGAUCCUCUCGAGGCGGGCCCCCGGCGUCGAGGAGGCGAAUGCCCUGUUCGACGGGCGCCCGGCUCCGCCCUUGACGCCACUGAUCCACACAGAGUACGUUGAUAAUUUUGUCGCUUUCAGUCAGUGCCAGCGGGCCGCCGGAGAUGCUGCCCGCGCAGUCCCCUCGGAGCUCGCGCGAGCUAGUUUGCCCGUGCACCCGGUGGAGGACACGAGGGGAGGGGCGACCUUGGGGUGGACUUUCUCGGGCGACUCGGCCGAGGUAUCAAUUGUGGACGCUUCAAGUUGGGGCAUGGGCGCGUGUAUCCAGGACCUGGGCCACCGCGUCGUCGCGGACCUAGGCGAGCUCAACGAACGCUGGAGGGGGAUGAUGCGGAUCUGCCGACAGCACGCCGCGCUGGCCCUCGCGUCCUUCUCCUACCACAUAUGGCGGUGGGUCCCGUCUGAGCACGACGCCAGCGACCCCCCAUCUCGCAGCGUGCGCCUGGCUCGAGCGCCGGCCAGUACUCGUCUGCCUGGGCCUCCGCCCGGGCUCGAGGCCCUGGUCCCAGCUCCGCCGCGGCGCGCGGGUGCUCCUGUGGCCUGGGGCGCGGCCGCCUGCGCCGCCCGCGAGCGUCGCGUCCGCUCCGCCGGCCACGCCCUCAGAGACGCUUUCGACGGCUUCGGCCCCUUUGGCGACUCGAAGGGGGCCGCGCAGAUGGCAAGCUCCGCGCACGCCCGAGCACCUCGCGGCGUGCUCAGCCGACCAGCGCUGGAGAGCGCUCGGCGCGAGGAUCGCCGUCGCGCUCGGGUUCGCCAGCACCCGCGGGAGGCAGUGGCGGGGUGCCCGGGGCACUCGCUGUUAGAGCGGAGCGUGGUGCGGCCGGCCCAGCAGGAGCGGUGCCGCGAGAUGGUUCAGACUUUCAGCACCUGGACGGUUGCCCCGGGCCUCCCCACGUCGACGCUGGCCGAGCUCGACCACGCGGCGGUGGCGUACUUCCACGACCUCUUCUUCAACGGCGAGGUGGUGGACCACGCGUCGGCGCUGCUGGCCGCGCUUGCGUUCUGCGAUCCUCGUGUGACUCGGCGGACCCCAGAACUCCCUCGGGCCCGUCGGGCCCUGAAGGGCUUCGGGAAGCUUGCGCCGUCUCGGGCGCGGCUUCCCCUGCCGUCGACGGUGGUGGCUCUGAUCAUCGCCAAGCUGCUGGCCCUGGGCCUGGCCGAGGCAUCCUGGCUGACGCUCCUGAACUUCGUGUUCUAUUGCCGCCCCUCGGAGCUGCUGAGGCUCCGCUGCCGGGACCUCGUCGCGCCGCCCCGCGGCGGCCCGGUCGCCAUGCGGAAGUGGAGCCUCUUGCUCAACCCGAUCGAGGGCGGCGUGCCGAGCAAGACUGCCGUGUUCGACGAGAGCCUGCUGCACGACAGCGUGGAGUUCGCCUGGGUCAACCUGGUCCUCGAGGUGAUCAAGGACCGCCGAGACCCCGACGACCUGAUCGUCGGCUUGACCUACGCGCAGUGGUGCAGCCAGUUCCAGCAGGCCGUGAACGCGCUGCCGCUGUCCGCGCUGGCGCCGAUCUCCCUGUACCAGCUCAGGCACGGCGGGGCCAGCCGCGAGAUUCUCGGCGGGGGGCGCGACGCGACCGGGGUGAAGAAGCGCGGCCGAUGGCAGUCAGACGCGUCCCUCCACCGGUACGUCAAGGCCGGCCGCUUGAACGAACAGCUACAGCGCCUCGACGUCCCCGUGCAGGAAGUCGCCGCCGAGUGUGCCGAGCGACUGUCGUCCAUGAUCCUCGCGCCAUCCCGAGCCUUCUCGCUGCUCCGCAGGAAGGGUUUGUACUAG